CAGGUGUCCCGUGUGCCCGUGGAGUCCUGUGAGCAGUACACGACCUGUGCAGAGUGCCUGAGCUCAGGGGACCCGCACUGCGGCUGGUGCACGCUGCACCACACGUGCUCCCCACGGGACAGCUGUGAGCGAGCUGACGAGCCACACCGCUUUGCCGACAGCAUCGGGCAGUGCAUGAGCAUCAUGGUGCAGCCCAGCAGCAUCUCCGUGUCGCAGCACAGCCUGCCGCUCAGCCUGCUGGUGAGCGAUGCCCCAGACCUGGCAGCUGGUGUCACUUGCCUCUUUGGGAACCUGACAGAAGUAGAGGGUCAGGUGGUGGGCAGCCGAGUUGUGUGCGUCUCACCGGCUGCGAGGGAUGUCCCAGCCAUACCCGUGGAUCAAGACUGGUUCGGUGUGGUGCUGCAGCUGAAGUCACAGGAGACUGGAAGAACGUUUGUCAGCACGGAGUUCAAGUUCUACAACUGCAGUGCCCACCAGCUGUGCCUCUCCUGUGUGAACAGUGCUUUCCGCUGCCACUGGUGCAAGUACCGCAACCUGUGCACCCACGAUCCCACCACCUGCUCCUUCCAGGAGGGACGGAUCAACAUCUCAGAGGAUUGCCCCCAGCUCUUCCCCACGGAGGAGAUCCUGAUCCCGGUUGGAGAAGUGAAACCCAUCACUCUGAAGGCCCGGAAUCUUCCACAGCCUCAAUCUGGCCAACGUGGCUAUGAAUGUGUGCUGAGCAUCCAGGGCGUCAUCCACCGCGUGCCCGCGCUGCGCUUCAACAGCUCCAGCGUGCAGUGCCAGAACAGCUCGUAUCUCUACGAUGGGAUGGACAUCAGCAACUUAGCAGUGGACUUUGCUGUGGUGUGGAAUGGGAACUUUGUCAUUGACAACCCGGAGGAUGUGAAAGUGCACCUUUACAAGUGCGCAGCACAGCGUGAGAGCUGCGGGCUCUGCCUGAAGGCUGACCCCAAAUUUGAGUGUGGGUGGUGCAGCGGGGAGGGCAGGUGCACCCUACGGCCCCACUGCAGCCCCCAACCCUGGCUCGACUGGUCCAGCGGAACGUCAAAAUGCUCCAACCCACGCAUCACUGAGAUCCUGACGGUGUCGGGGCCCCCAGAAGGAGGCACCAGAGUGACCAUCCGUGGCAUCAACCUGGGUCUGGACUUCUCAGAGAUUGCUCGUGGUGUGCAGGUGGCAGGAGUGCCGUGUGCUCCUCUCCCGGAGCAGUACAUCAUCGCCGAACAGAUCGUCUGUGAAAUGGGGCAGGCGCUCCCUGGGAUCAGCUCCGGCCCAGUGCUUCUGUGCAUCGGAGAGUGCAAGCCUGAGUUCACGGCCAAGUCGGUGCAGCACUACACAUUCGUGACACCAACUGUGAGCUUCCUGAGCCCCAGCCGUGGCCCUGAGUCAGGCGGGACACUGGUGACCAUCACAGGGCAUCACCUGGGUGCUGGCAGCCACGUCUCCGUGCUCCUGGGCAACCAGAGCUGCGCCUUCCAGGGGCGAUCCAUGAAUGAGAUUGUGUGCCUGUCAGCAUCCUCAGCACACGGCCUGGGGCCUGUCCACGUCUCUGUGAGCAUUGACCGUGCUCAACUUGAGCAGACACUGAUGUUUGAAUACAUUGAUGACCCCAAAGUGCAGAACAUUGAGCCUGAGUGGAGCAUCGCCAGCGGCCACACGCCUCUGACCAUCACUGGCUCCAACCUGGACAUCAUCCAAGAACCGCGCAUCCGUGUCAAGCACAACGGCAGGGAGUCCAUCAAUGUGUGUGUGGUGCUGAAUGCCACAGCACUGAGCUGCCUUGCACCUGCCCUGGCCCCCGAGCCCCGGCCCACCAUGGAUGCCGUCGAGAGACCUGAUGAGUUUGGCUUCAUCUUCAACAACGUGCAGUCCCUGCGGGUCUACAACGACACAAAGUUCAUCUACUACCCCAACCCCACCUUUGAGCCCCUGAGCUCCACUGGGAUGCUGGAGCAGAAGCCUGGGUCACCCAUCAUCCUGAAGGGCAAAAACCUGUGCCCACCCGCUUCUGGAGGAGCCAAACUCAACUACACAGUGCUGGUUGGAGAGACGCCCUGCACCGUCACCGUGUCUGAAACACAGCUGCUGUGUGAGCCACCGACCCUCAGCGGGCAGCACAAAGUGACGGUGCGUGUCGGCGGCAUCAUCUUCUCCCCUGGUUCGGUGAGCAUCACCUCUGACAGCCUGCUGACCCUGCCAGCCAUCGUCAGCAUCGCGGCCGGCGGCAGCCUGCUCCUCAUCAUCGUCAUCAUCGUGCUCAUCGCCUACAAGCGCAAGUCCCGGGAGAACGACCUGACCCUCAAGAGGUUGCAGAUGCAGAUGGACAACCUGGAAUCCCGGGUGGCACUGGAGUGCAAAGAGGCUUUUGCAGAGCUGCAGACAGACAUCAACGAGUUAACCAGUGACCUGGACCGUUCUGGCAUCCCAUACCUCGACUACCGGACGUAUGCCAUGAGGGUCCUCUUCCCUGGCAUUGAGGACCACCCCGUGCUGCGGGAGCUGGAGGUCCAAGGGAACGGGCAGCAGAGCGUGGAGAAAGCCCUGAAGCUCUUCGCUCAGCUGAUCAACAACAAAGUCUUCCUGCUGACCUUCAUCCGCACGCUGGAGCUGCAGCGCAGCUUCUCCAUGCGCGACCGCGGCAACGUGGCCUCGCUCAUCAUGACGGGGCUGCAGGGCCGGCUGGAAUACGCCACUGAUGUGCUGAAGCAGCUGCUGUCCGACCUCAUCGAGAAGAACCUGGAGAACAAGAACCACCCCAAGCUGCUGCUGCGCAGGACAGAGUCGGUGGCUGAGAAGAUGCUGACGAAUUGGUUUGCUUUCCUCCUCCACAAAUUUCUCAAGGAAUGUGCCGGAGAGCCACUCUUCAUGCUGUACUGUGCCAUCAAGCAGCAGAUGGAGAAGGGUCCAAUUGAUGCCAUCACGGGGGAAGCCCGCUAUUCGCUCAGCGAGGACAAGCUGAUCCGGCAGCAGAUUGAGUACAAGACCCUGAUCCUGAACUGUGUGAAUCCGGACAACGAGAACAGUCCAGAGAUCCCUGUGAAGGUGCUGAACUGUGAUACCAUCACCCAGGUCAAAGAGAAAAUCCUUGAUGCGGUGUACAAGAACGUCCCCUAUUCCCAGCGACCGAGAGCUGUCGACAUGGACUUGGAGUGGCGGCAGGGCCGCAUCGCACGCGUGGUGCUGCAGGAUGAAGACAUCACCACCAAGAUUGAAGGCGACUGGAAGCGACUGAACACCUUGCUACACUACCAGGUGUCAGACCGCUCUGUCGUGGCUCUUGUCCCCAAGCAGACCUCCUCCUACAACAUCCCUGCCUCCGCCAGCAUCUCCCGCACGUCCAUCAGCAGAUACGAUUCCACCUUCCGUUACACCGGCAGCCCUGACAGCCUGCGCUCCCGAGCCCCCAUGAUCACCCCAGACCUGGAGAGUGGUGUCAAAGUCUGGCACCUGGUGAAAAACCAUGACCACGGUGACCAGAAGGAGGGGGACCGGGGCAGCAAGAUGGUGUCCGAGAUCUACCUGACAAGGCUGCUGGCUACAAAGGGCACGCUGCAGAAGUUUGUGGAUGACCUCUUUGAGACGCUGUUCAGCACGGUGCACCGCGGCAGCGCGCUCCCCUUGGCCAUCAAGUACAUGUUUGACUUCUUGGACGAGCAGGCAGAUAAGCACGGCAUCCACGACACAGAUGUACGGCACACGUGGAAGAGCAAUUGCCUCCCUCUCCGCUUCUGGGUGAACGUGAUCAAAAACCCACAGUUCGUCUUUGACAUCCACAAAGGCAGCAUCACGGAUGCCUGCCUCUCGGUUGUGGCUCAGACCUUCAUGGACUCAUGCUCCACCUCCGAGCACCGCCUGGGCAAGGAUUCCCCAUCCAACAAGCUGCUGUACGCCAAGGACAUCCCCAGUUACAAGAGCUGGGUGGAGAGGUAUUAUGCAGACAUUGCCAAGCUGCCAGCCAUCAGCGACCAGGACAUGAACGCAUACCUGGCUGAGCAGUCACGUCUGCAUUCAACUGAGUUCAACAUGCUGAGUGCACUCAACGAGAUCUAUUCCUACGUCAGCAAAUACAGCGAGGAGCUCAUUGGGGCUUUGGAGCAGGACGAACAGGCACGGAGGCAGCGUCUGGCAUACAAAGUAGAGCAACUCAUUGGUGCCAUGUCCAUUGAGAGCUGAAGGAAGGCUGCAGUGCACACGGACAGCGAGGGGCAAAAGCAUGGCACGGACGCCUGGGGAUUCAGAGGGAGAACAAGUAGAAAGGCACUGCACACCCCAACAACCAUGCUCGUCAAGGGGAGCAGGGAUGGCCCAGGGGCUGGCUGCGCUCAAAAUCACAUGGGAUCUGGUUUGAAAAGGCAGAAAGAUCAAGAAGACAAAGCACCGCAAUCAGCGUUAACUCAAGGUGGAUCACUUCUUCAUGGAAAGGUAGAACCUGCAACGUCUGGAUGUGUCCAUGACUGCUGCUUUGCAUGAAAAUCGUCUGAUGUAUAUUAGGAAAUAAAACUUUAUUUAAAGGUGUUUUU